AUGGAGGGCAGUGAGAAUAAUGGGUCGAGUACUGGGAGCAAUGGAGGAGGGGGUUCGCGAUGGAACCCUACGAAAGAGCAGAUAAGCAUGUUGGAGAAUCUGUAUAAGCAAGGCAUAAGGACCCCCAGUGCUGAGCAGAUACAGCAAAUAACUGCUAGGCUUAGGGCGUUUGGUCACAUCGAAGGCAAGAAUGUCUUCUACUGGUUUCAGAAUCACAAAGCCAGGCAGCGACAGAAGCAGAAGCAAGAAACCUUUGCUUACUUCAAUCGCUUUCUUCAUUCCUCCCCUCACCAUCCGCCUCUCCUCCCUUCCUCACUCUGCCCUAAUGUGUUGUGCACGCCAUAUUAUCUGCCACACAGUGAAAUGGGGUUUGUUGCUCAACAUCCCAAAGUGCUUCUGCCAGGGUCAGGUAUCAGGAGGAUGCCCAGAAACUGUGAGGUGUACCAACAAAUGCAGGACACAGUGAUGUUGGAUGAUGGGCACUUGAGGAACAAAGAAACGCUUGCGCUUUUCCCGCUGCAGCCAACUGGCUUUCUGGAAAACAAAGCUUCAUUUUCAGUUGAUGCUAAUCCAGCUUCUGUUUUCCCGGGUCAUCAUCACAAUGAUGAAGAAGAAGGCCCACCAGGAAACCAGCCCUUCUUUGAAUUUCUUUCUUCUUCAGGCCAAGAGGAGUUUGUGCAUAGAAAGUGA